AUGCUAUAUCAAGAGGGAGGUUGCGCAAAAGAAGUCAAUGCACGGAUCCAAAGUAUAUCCGGUGUAAUGUGCGACAAGAAGAGGCCAAUAUGGUUGAAAAGCAAGGCUUACAAAUCCAUCGUAAGACCGGUGUUACUCUAUGGAAGUGAAACAUGGGCAUUAAACGCUACGGAAGAAAAGUUAUUACAAGCCACGGAGAUGAGAAUAAUACGGUGGAACUUGGGGUAUGCUAAACUCGACCAUAUGACGAAUGACUGUCUCAGAGCAAAAAUGGGUAUUCAACCUAUGGCGGACUUGAUUAACGAAAAUAGGUUAAGGAGGUAUGGUCAUAUACUAAGAAGGGAGACGAAUGAUGUAAAUCGAAAAGUAUAG